CUUUUUUUUAUUUUAUUUUCCGUUUCAAGAUGCAGAUCACCAAGAUCCUCCAGCUCGCCGCCUUCUUGGCCAUCGGCGCCCCCGCGCUUGCUCUGCAGGCCGCCGACGAGCCCGCCCUCCAGGCCCGCGGAGUUGAGGACUCGUUCAACUCGGGCAAGCUCAUCAACCGCCCUACCGGCGCCGGUGACCCCGUCGCUGCGGACAUCCGCGCCCCUGUCGGCGCUCCUGCCGGUGGCGCCGCUGCGCUGACGGGUCCCACUUCGCCGCGUGGCCACGGGAGCCCCAGGGCUUGCCGCGCACGCAGCCCAAGGGCCCAGCAUGUAAAGCGUGCUCUUGAGGCGCGCGCGCAGGGAUCCGUGGGAGCUGGAUUCGGAGGUGCAGGUGCGGCCCCCAACGGCCAGCUUCCCGGCAGCCCCGGCCGCGGUUCGCCAAAGAGGGCUUGCCGCGCCCGCAACCGAUCGCAGAGCCCCACUCGCUCGGGCCUUCAGCGCACUGGCAGCCUUCAGCGCACCGGUAGCGGCCCUGCUGCGCCCCUGGCCCAAAACUAG